CGAGCGCGUGUCCCGCGCCCUGGCCGAGCUGGGCUACGAGCGCACCCCGUCCCAGUGCCGCGAGCGCAUCAAGUUCCUGCAGAGCUCCAGGUUCUUCGGUGGCUUCACUUGUAGAGAUGAGGACUCGUGAGUUAGAAAUGGUGAGAAAAUCCACACUGAGCUCUGUGAGUGUCUCCUCCUUUGGUUUUCCUAAUUAUCAAUUGAGUGGGGAUAAUAUGUGUUCGUGUUGCAGGCAGUGUUGCAGAACAAUAAGCAAAAGCCUCGGUCUCUUCCAGUCUGAGCAGUCACUGGGCAGUGAUGGGGUCUGUUUUCAGUUCCUUGUCCUCAAUUUCCUGCUUUCUGUAUCUGUAUCAAUCUGUGUAUGUGCAUUCAGGAACCACGGAGCAGGAGUUGAGCUGGACACCGGGAGGAGUAGAGGAGGUGCGUAAGAAAAAACCAGAUCUUUAGAUCUUGGAGAUCAGAAUAACCUGGGGAGAGAAAGGAUAAGGAGUAUAAAAUGUCCAGGUUUCCUGAGGUCUGAGCAAUUGUUUAGGUUUUUCCAGGCUCUCUGAAGAAGAGCAGCCUGUGGGCUUACUUGAAACAAGGCGGGCUCGUGGUGUUUGGAGGGAAUAUCAGGAGGAGUUGUAAGGAGUGCCUGUUGGAGACACUGGGGAGAGCCUCCAAGAAGAAAGAGCUAGCAGGAAUCUUGAUUCUCCAGCACACAAGACCAAGGAGCCACCAGCUGCUUAGCCACAGGCCUUUUGGUGCUUUGGAAAGCCCUGUAUUUGAGAUCAUCUCCCUCAAAUUUUAGGUUAUUGGCUUGCAGAAGCAGAGGUAACACAGCCAGGCGAGCGUCUGGGCAGUACCCCCAAAAGUAUCUCAACCUUUAAGACUAACGAGCAGUCACACUAUUGCUUAUUUAUUUUCAUCCCCCUUCCUCUGUUGCUCCCUCUAGUUUUUCUACUAGUUUGCACUGACUUGCUGCUAAAUUAUUUUGGUAGUAAAAUAAGCCACAUUGCAGCCUGACUGAAAUAAUUAAUUACUACUAGGCUAUAACCUAGUGUGGGAUCCUCCAUAACCCCUUUGGUGGGGAGAGGUGUUUGAAGCACAAAUAGCUGAAAAUAGAGUGUGAAAAUAGAGUGGCUGAGGGUGUCAGGCACUCCCAGAGGGCUUGGCCGAGGGUAGGGAUGCUUUGGAAACACUUUGUUUCUCUUGAAGGCUGCUAAUAAAUUCAGCUGGAGGCUCUAAAUCCAUGUUGAACUCCUUUGGAUAAGCUGAGGCAGGUACAAGAAGUGGUGUUUGGGAAAUAUAUUUUGAAAAAUCCAACUUGGGUGGAUUUUAGAAAGAGUCUGGGAGUGAAAUGACUUUGCCCUUAUUGGUCAGUGAGAUUUGAGCUGAAAGGAGAGAAAUUGGAGUGAGAAAGCUGAAUUCUAACAACCAAAUGUAUCUGUACCCCAGCCUGAGGGAGCCCUCUUUGCACCAGUGAAUACCACGAGGUUUCUAGGCUGGGUUUUGGUUCUAGGUUGCCACAGCAGGUUGUUUUCCACCCUGCCCACAGACAGAAAGUUAAAAUGUGCUGGUGUCCAUCCAAAGAGGAUCUGCCUGUUUAUACUGAGGUAGUUAUGGCAAAAGAGGGAAUGGUUCCACCUUAAACCGUGGAAUAACUCAUGCCUGUUGCUGCCUGUGUGUUUAUAUGGGUUAUUUUUUAUUUUGUGUUCUUUUCCUGUGUUUUUGUUUAAAACAGCAGGGUAAUACUGAUUUGCUGCUUAGCGGUUUUGCUUCUGCCCCCAGGGCUCUGAAUCUCAGGAGGAAACUGGUUAGAAAUGUAUCCCUUUGCUGCUGAUGCUGUUAAACCAGUGUAUGAGGAGCAUUAGCAGCUUCACAAGAGACAGAGUGAGUUAGUAAGGAAUGCAAAAAUAUACCCUCCGCAGGUGCUACAGUCGCGUGAAGGAGCACGGCGUGGGCAAGAGGAAAAGCAGCUACACAUUUGAGCAGCUGGAGCAGGUGUUUGGGCAGGGAGGAUGGGACUCCCAGCCCUGCCAGCCUGUCCUCAUCAACAGCAGUGGCUUGUACCAGGAGCUGGAGUCAGAUGGCAGCACGAUGGAGGAGUUCUCUCAGGAGGACUGGGGAAACCACAGUCAGGAGCUUCACUGCUACCAGACCGGCGAGCAGGAGUUGGAUGAAAUGCCUACCACGAAAAGAACAUUAAAGAUAAAACAGGAAUCUUCAGAAGACACUCAGAAGCGCGACGUCAUGCAGAACAUUAUGCAAAUCUUGGAGUCGGUCCAGUUGAAGUGGGAGCUGUUUCAGAGCUGGACGGACUUCUCCAGGCUCCACCUUUCUAACAAACUGGCCAUUUUUGGCAUUGGGUACAACACCCGCUGGAAGGAGGAUAUCCGUUACCACUACGCAGAGAUCAGCUCCCAGGUGCCCCUCGGCAAGCGGCUCCGGGAAUAUUUCAACUCGGAGAAACCCGAGGGUCGGGUGAUCAUGACCCGAGUACAGAAAAUGAACUGGAAAAAUGUUUAUUACAAAUUCCUGGAGAUCACCAUCAGCGAAGCCAGGUGCUUGGAGCUGCACAUGGAGAUCGACUGGAUUCCCAUCGCUCACUCCAAGCCCACAGGCGGGAACAUGGUGCAGUAUUUAUUACCAGGAGGGAUCCCAAAAAGCCCUGGCCUGUACGCCAUUGGAUAUGAGGAGUGCCACGAGAAACUCCCCUCCCCCUUGGCCGAGCACCGGGCGCCCGACCCCAGCAAUGAGACUCCAGGGGAGCUGGAGGUCCCCUCGCCACAGGCCUCCCUUCGGGUGGACGUGGAAUCCGCCCGGAUUAUCUACUGUUACCUCGGCAUCGCCGAGGUCCGGACUCUCCAGCAGUGCCUGUUUUUACACUUCCAGGCAAACACCAAAACCUUCAGCAAAGAUUGGGUCGGGAUCAACGCCUUUUUAUCUCAGAACUGCGUCGUAGAGCCCGGUGUCUCACCCAAAUCCAUCUACAUCAAAUUUGUGGAAGUGGAGAGGGAUUUUCUGUCUGCUGGCUCUUUGGUAGAGUGCCUGGAAAAAGCCAUCGGGUACCCCUUAAAGUUUAACAACUGAGUCUCGUCCUUCAUAAGGAUCAGGGCUUUCGGCCCCAUUUUCCAUCUCACUCGGAUCCUGGCCGCUCCCAGCCGGCCACACCCGGACGUUUGGGCCUGGAGCGCGUUUUGGGGGGCGCGGGG